UGUUUGUGUGCAGCGAUGCUGCGUGUGACAUAACAGAAAUGAAUUAAACUCAAGAAAGCUGUAAUGCAAGGUUGGAUUCUGCAGAGCACAUAAUAACCACAAGAGGGAGCCAAUCAAUCCAGCACCACAGCUGCAGAGAACCAGGAGGGAAGAAGUUGUCUCACUCCUUACAGCUGCACCAUGGAUUACAGCAAGUCGAUGGGAACUCCUUCCACCAACCAGCCGUCCGCUCCCCCAUCCUACCAGGACAUCUCCUUGCAUCCCCCUCCGUACUCAGCACAGCCUCAGGGUUACGGGUUUUCACAGCAGUAUGUCAGUAGCAUUGACCAGCAGCUGAAUCAGCACCACAUGCAGCAGCCUUUCUCCAUUGGCCAGCAGCAUCCAAGCCUGGAGUCAGCAAUGCCAGAAAGCCCCGUUAACGACUACUUUGGCUACUCCAUCUUCACCAUGGUCUGCUGCUUCUUCCCACUGGGAAUAGUUGCUCUUGCCAGCUCCAUAGCAACUCGCAACGCUGUUGCCAGAGGUGAAAGGAGGAUGGCAGAGCAGAGCAGCAGAUUGGCCCUCAUGAUGAACCACUCAGCUCUGGCAACUGGGAUUGCAGUUUUUUCCAUCUCGUUUGCUUUGAUUCUUUUUCUGUUUGUAGCAUAAUAAACUAUAUCUCUCGUGCUUUUCUCUGUCUGCAUCAGACAGACGUAGGAAGGCAUCUGGCCAUUAAAUCUGACUGGCAGCUAAAAGUCAUCUGAUUGAAGAUUUUUCCACUUAUGACUUCAAUCUGUUUCAGUGUUUCUAUCUUCAGUCUCCAAAGUCAAUCACAAUCAGUGAUGUUUUCUU